AUGGUAGGAAUUGACUUGGAAAUUGAUGAGAGUAAAUUAUGGGAUCCAAUAAAACGUCAGGCUUAUAUGGAUGCUCUACCAGAUAUGACAUUAUUUGAAGACCAUUUGAUUGAAGGUGAUGAAAUGGUGGAAGCUAUUAAAGUAUUAAUUGAAGAUGGCGAAACAGCUGAGAGUCUCGCGUUGCAUUGGAAGAAUCAAGGCAAUGACAUGUUUAAAGAUGCGAAAAAAGCCCAUCGAGGCUAUUUCCAGAAUGCGAUAAAGUAUUAUAAUGAUGCACUUGUUUAUGCCUACAAAGCAUUAGCAUUACCCGAUGAGGAACGGGACCUGUCAUAUGACAUGAAGCAGCUCACGUCGCAGAUAUUGUGCAAUCGUGCAGCUGUGCAAUUAGAACUCAAGAAUUACGCGAGUUGUCGUUCGGAUGCUGCCAAGGCCAUUAACUUUGAUCCGUCUAAUAUCAAGGCCUAUUUUCGAGGUGCCAAGGCUUCUCGACUGCUCCGGAAACCAGCGGAUACGCUUCGCUACUGCAAAGAAGGACUUUUACGUGAUCCGGACAAUAAAAUGCUGUUAACGUUGCAGACAGAGGGUCGAAAACUGGUCGAGGAACUGCGUAUUGAAAAGUUGCAGCGCGAGAGAGAAAGUAUGAAUCGUCGUGCUGCAACGGACAAGUACCGCAAAUUGUGCGCAGCUCGCGGUGUCCGCGUAGGCCGAGCUCUGGUGGAUGAUGAGCGUGUGCGCCAGUACGAAGGAAAGGCGGACUUGGACCCCGAAAGCGGGAUCAUGUACUGGCCUGUGCUAUUUCUUUACGACCAGCACGGGACGUCAGAUUUUGUGGAGUACUUUGGCGAGCAGGACAGUAUGAUUGAGCAUCUGGCCAACAUGUUUCCUGAAGAAGGUCCAUGUGCCCAAUGGGACACUAAGAAUGAAUUUGUGGCGUCCAAGUUGAUUGUAUAUGCUGCAGCAGACAUGGUGCUGCCGUUUUUAUCUCGUAAGGAAUGGCAUAUAGGCCUUAGUAAGGAGAAGGAAGAAGACGAUGACGAAGUCAAGCGCAUUCGUCUCGAGGAAAAGCAUGAAGCCAAGACACAGUUUUGGAUUGAAGUAUCGCUCUUUUGCACGCUGCAACAGCUACUAACUCAUGAGAAAUACGUGGUCCCUGGUAUUCCCGUGCUCAAUAUCUUUGUCCGUGACUCUGAAGCACUUGAGAAUUUUCUCACACGUAUUGAGCAUAAGUCUGGUCUGAUCUUGAACCCUAAGCCAUUUCUGACCAACCUUACUGGCCAACCAAUAAUGACUCGACUCAAGUGGGGGAUGGAAUACAAGGGCAUACUAUUGUCUGUUGAUUCGUAUAUGAAUUUGCAACUUGCCAAUACUGAAGAGUAUAUCAAUGGAGAACUGACUGGAAAUCUUGGUGAAACACUUGUGCGCUGCAAUAAUGUCCUUUUCAUUCGUGGACUCGUGGACGGUGAAAAACCUCCUGUCGAAAUAUCCACGGAUGGAGUGGAGCCGAUGACGGACGCCCAGUAG